GCUGCUUCCGGCUCGCGCGGCGCUUCCGGGUCAGCGUUGCGAGAGGACGCGGCGGUGGCGGGGCCGGGCCGGGCCGGGCCCUGGGCGGUGCUUUCCAGCUCUGAAGGCUUUCAUGGAACGAGAAACGCAAUAAAUGGGAGGGGACGAGGCAUGGGAUUAAAUCUCGGCGUCUAGGAGCUUUAAACAGAGCGUCAGGAACCUGUCCCUGUUGGAGGCAUUGGCUUUUCAAAGCACCUGGCUGUUUCAGCGCCGUGGAGCCGUAAAAUGUUUGCCAAACUGAAGAAGAAGAUCGCAGAAGAGGCGGCCGUGGCUCCCAGAGCGGGAGGGGUGCCCAAGAUACCGAGGUCUGUCAGCAAGGAGUCAAUUACAUCCGUGGGAGCAGACUCCGGCGAUGACUUUGCUUCUGAUGGAAGCAGCUCCAGAGAGGAUCUUUCAUCCCAGUUACUCAGAAGAAAUGAGCAGAUAAGAAAACUGGAGGUCAAGCUGUCUGACUAUGCUGAUCAGAUCCGAAACUUGCAGAAGAUAAAAGAGAAGCUUGAAAAUGCAUUAGAAAAGCAUCAGGAUUCCUCCAUGAGGAAGUUCCAGGAGCAGAACGAAGCUCACCAGGCCAGCCGAGCCAAGCUGGCUGAAGGGAUGGCACUGGCCCUGGAGAAGAAGGACCAGGAAUGGAUGGAAAAACUGAGUCAAGUUGAAAAGGAAAAAAAAAUGCUUCAAACGCAGUUACAAGAACUGAGGGAGCAGAGUUUGAACCUCUUUCAAAAAAGAGACGACAUUGAUGAGCUGGAGGGCUUUCAACAGCAGGAAAUUGCCAAAGUUAAACACAUGCUUUUAAAAAAGGAAGAGUCUCUGAGCAAAGCAGAGCAGGAGCUAGAGGCGUGUGCUCGAGAGCUGUCCCACACUAAGGAACUGCUUCAGGAUGCAAGCACCGAGUCCAUGGGCCUACAGAGAGAUCUUCAAGAGCUACAGCAGCGGUUCUUGGCGCUGGAGGCCCAGAGAGAUGAACUAAUGACAACUGAGACAAAUGCAGAAAAAAAGAUCACUGCUCUGGAGUUAAGAGAACAGGAGCUACAAACUGUCAUUCAGCAGCUCUCUGGAGACUUGCAAAAUGCUCGAGUUUCUGGUUCUGGUUGUGAGAAGAGACUGGAAACAUUGCAGGUGGAACAUGAAUCUCUGAAGACAGAAUAUGAACAACACAAGCAAAAGAUGACUCUUGAAUUUGCUGAGAGAAAUAAACUUACUGAACAGCUGCAGGAGAAAGUGUCUUCCUUGGAGAAAAAGCUGGAAAGAAAUCUUUCAGGGGAUGAACACAUGCAGGAGCUACUCAAGGAGAAAGCUACUCUUGAGCAGAAACUGGAUGAAGCCAGGCAGCAGGUGCUAACAGACAGAACACAUCACACUGAGACUGUGGGCCAGUUGGAGACACAGAAUAAAGAACUGGAAGAGAAACUACAGAUUGCAACAGAAGCAUUGAAAAAGAACGAAGAAGCAGCUGUUGAGCAGGAUCUGAAGAUCCAGAAGCUGCAAACUGAUCUAGAGGAUGAAAGAAGUAAGCUACAGCAACAGUUUUUAAGUGAGAAACAUCAGUACGAUCAGAAAGUUACAGGGCUGGAGUCUCAAAUUGCUGCUCUUGAGACAGCUUGGGAAUCUGAGAAAACAGCUUUUCAGCACAAGAUCAGCCAGUUGGAAAAGGAAAAUGAAACUCUUAAUGGAGGCAGAGAGGAGUAUGAGAGCACUUUAAAAAAACAAGAGACGGAAUUGAACAGGUUAAAGGAUGAAUUGAGCAGCAGAGAGACUGUCAGCAUUGAAAUUGCCAAAGCGUUAGAAGAAACACGGAAACAGAGAGAGGAAUUACAACAGCAGGUUUCGUAUCUGGCUGCUGUAAUAAAGGAAAAAGACCAGCUGAUUGAAGAAAAAUGUGAGAUGCUCCUAAAACAGAAGGAAGAGCUAAACCAACUCAGCCAAGAUCAUGAAGCUGCCUCACGGCAGAUGCACCAGUUGCAGUCUGACAUAGAAGCAAUUAAUGACCAAGCAGCAGAGAAAGAAGAAAUGGCAAGGAAAGAGAUGGAGGCACUGAAGUUGCAGGUUUCAGAGCUAGAGGAAACGACGAGAGCCUUGGGCAACAGGCAUUUACAUUCUCCAGAAAACCGCUUGGUGGAACAGAAUGGAGAAGUAGCAGCGGCAGAUGUCAUUCAGCUUCAGAAGGAUAACAGGGAGCUGGAACAGCAGAUCACUGAGAAGAACAAGGUGAUAAAGCAGCUACAGCAAAGGAUGGCAGAACUCAAGAAAACCCUGCAGAAAGAGUUGAAAAUAAAGCCAGAGGGUGAGGUCCCUGAAGUACGUGAGAAAGCAAAUCCUGAAGUGCCUAACGCUUCUGUGACUGUCACAAACAACUCGGAUUUAAAUGACUCCAGGGAGAUCAACUUCGAAUACCUUAAACAUGUUGUACUAAAAUUCAUGUCCUGCCGGGAAUCUGAGGCAUUCCAGCUAAUAAAAGCUGUAUCUGUGUUACUGAAUUUUUCUCAAGAGGAAGAAAACAUGCUUAAAGAGACGUUGGAGUACAAGAUGUCGUGGUUUGGGUCAAAGCCGUCUCCUAAAGGCAGUAUCCGGCCAUCCAUCUCCAGCCCAAGGACACUGUGGCCUUAAGGGAACCAGAAAACAGGCAGUCAGCAUCCAGCCACUUCUUUCUGUGAAAAGAAGGCUGAACACACUCAUCCAGGUGUGUCUUAAUCACUGUCAUUGCAGUAUUUUGUACAAGAACUCUGACCCUGUUUACAGAACUAAUACUGUGCAAGGAGAGAUUGUCACUGCAAACAAACACCUCUUCCGGGCUGGAUUUGGGGACCAUCGUCUCAGUUUCUUAACGGAAGUCAGCUCCUUGUGCUCACUGGUCUCAUUUCCUUGGCACCAAAGGGCAGCGUUCACCUCGCAAACAGCAGUGCUGCAGUUCGAGUUUCUGACGUGCUCCUCUCUUGGGGUGAUUCCAGCAUCUGUGGCCAAGCGCUGGAGUGGAGUCACUGCAGACGGAGAAGCUUCCUUGUGGAAAGCAAGGAUGAAACCCAGUGUUGGCAGUACUGUACCAAGUCUGGAAAGCCUUUCAGAGAACGGGAGCGGGAGCUUUAACCAAAAACAAGAUCUGCCUUGCCUUGUUAUACUGACAUAACUGACAGUUCGCAUCCUUUCAUAUCACUGUGUAUUUACGGUGCGCGUAUCCUGGCCUGCGGUCCUGAGGGCUGCACCUUGAUGAUGAGUAUUUAAUUUGAGAGCACAACUUUAGAGUUGUCUGAUUUUACUUUUCUUAAAGAAAAAUAAUAUGUAAAAUGGUCUUAAUUAUAGUACCUAAUACUCAGUCGCCUUUAAACUGAACCCGUUAGCCUGUCCAUAGGUUGUGAGCAUUGGGAAGAAGGGGUAGGAGCUAUUUUAAAUUUUUAAAGCUGAAUCCCAGGUAUUGUCAAUGCACACUGAGAAUACCUUUUAUUAAGAUAUAAUAAUCUACUGGCAAAGGGUGGAGAAUGUUGGUACUAAACACUUUGAUUUUUAUUUUUGUCUUCAAAGUCUGCUAGCAGCAGAUUUUCAGAACCAGCAUCUGCCUCCUCGGUUGUGGGUCUCUAUUUCAAAUACUGCUGCUUAAAAACUGUUCUGAACAUGUAGCGGGGCUGUAACCGUGUCCUCACUGUGUGGCACAGGGAUCGCUGCUCGGGAGGUUUGGUUUCGAGGGCAAGAUUCAACUCUUGCUGAACACGUCCUGAUGCCAUCCGCUUUCCUUCCCUCUUCGGCAGAGGGGACUGGGGCGGCACUGGCCUCAGAGGGGAAGCACAGUGUGGCCCGUGGUUACCAACACGACCAUGAAAAUGGGAAGCAGCAGUGAGUUUGAUUCCUUAAAACGGGACGUUUCUUCAAAAACCUGCGCAUGUAUGGCAUUAGCUGAGCAGGCUGCAGUUCCGGCAGCUCUCGUACAAGGUUUGUGUUGCUAAGUCCUUCCAUUAAAU